AUGAUCGUCUCACGAAGGAUGCUUCGUGGCCGUUAUGGUCCAAAGCUGUUGGAACGUUCUUUGCAAACGUCCGCUUCGAACCGUAAUCCUGGGCCACAAUCUCCUAUGAAAGUCUUUAUGGACACAUUUCGUUCCGAAUUAAAAAAGAGCCAAGACUUUCAAAACAGUGUGAAGGCACUCCAAGACAGUUCUGGCAAUUUGGGCGAAAGCGACGCUUUUAAGCGCGCCCGUGAUGCCUAUGAUAAAGCUCGUCAAGGAACAUCCGUAGCUUCAAAAAGCAUGGGAAAGGCAGGUUCUGCCCUCGGUACUGGAGCACAUAAAGCUUGGGAAAGUGCUCCAAUGCGUUUCUCGCGUAAAGUCAUCGCGGGUACCACCGACAGUGUAACAAGCGGUGUGGACAAAGCUACUCAGCCUGUCCGUAAAACUGCUCUUUACAAAACCGUAAAAAACACCAUGUCGGAUGGUAGCACCUCAUCUCGAUAUGGAUUUUAUGCCGAUAAGGAACAACGAAAAAAACUUCGCGAAGAAUUUGAAAAGAAAACGCACAUGUUUGGUCGUCCCGCUAAAAUCCAACCUAAUGACGAUGUUCAGAGUGUAGUCGUGCAUGCGAAUCCUUCAUGGAAGAAUAAAGUGGACCAGAUUACUAGUGAAUCGAAAGUUGUCCGUAAACUUCAAGAAUUCAGAAGAAUCUACGAAGAAUCUGAACAUCCCAUUAUUUCUUCCAUUCGUGAUUUGGCUGACAGCAUCAGUGGAACUUGGUCUCGCAUGUUUUCGGAAACCGAGGCUUCCCAAGUCAUGACCCGUUUCAAGGAGAUAGAUCCUGCUUUCAAUCUCGAGCAAUUCUUGCAAUAUUUACGUGAAUACGUCGUUCCCGAAGUUACCGAAGCUUAUGUGAAGGGCGAUAAAGAAGUUUUGCGAGCCUGGUUUUCUGAAGCUCCCUUUUCCGUGUACGAAACAACUACGAAGGAGUACGCCAAGCAUGGAAUUGUAAGCGUUGGAAGAAUUUUGGAUAUCCGCGGCGUCGACAUCAUGUCGCAAAGACUUUUGCAACCAAGCAACGUCCCCGUCCUCAUUGUUACUUUCCGCACUCAAGAAGUUCACAUGUUUAAGAAUGCUCUGAGCGGCGAAAUGGUUGCUGGACGUGAAGAUCGUAUCCAGCAAUGCACAUAUGCCGCCGUGCUUACUCGUAUCGAAGAAGAUAUGGAGAAUAAGGAAACUAGAGGCUGGUGUAUAGUUGAUUUUGCCCGUGCUCGUGCUGUCGACUAUUUCUAA